GCGACGGCCCCGGUCUUUUGGGCGGCUGUGCACGCGCGGGCGGCGGCUCGAGGUCAGCGGAGGCGGCAGCCCGGCAGAUCCUUGGAAAUGAGAAGUGGAUGUCACUACAGCGUUCCCACCGUUUCCCACCCUCAUCCCUCCCUAUAGAUACAAAAUGGCGGCCAAGCUGAUGCAGCGUUGCUAUCGACUCUUUGGCGUCUCAUCUCCGUUGUGCAUCCGCACCAAUGCGAUGUGUGUGGGGAGCAAGAGGGUACUUUCCAGAGCACCGUCCCAAAUCCCUCUCGCCUCGCUGAGCUUCACGGAACGAACGGACAAGCUCUCGGUCCCCGAGCCAGAGUACAGAGCGCCCUCCAACCGCGAGGAGAUGGAAGGUCUCAUUGGCUCUGCGGCCACCACAGAGGACCUCUUGCAUUUGCGGGAGCUACACCCCGUAAAUGCAAACCAGGCUGCCUUAAUAAUCACUCGGCUCUCCCGUAUGGUGGCGGAACAAAAACUGGAACCUGGCAGCAUUUUGGAGGAUGCACGCUUCCAUCAGCUGCUUCAGUUGGUGCACACGGAGAAACCAAAUUCGCAUUUUUUAAAUGACCCAGUCAUAGCAAUGCAGAUGUCUUCUGCUGCUUCCCCCUUAUAUAAACAGGCCUUGGAGCUGGCGGAGCAGUUCAGCCCGGAGGACACACGGAGAAUCGUCACGGCGUUGGCGUUUCAGAACCGACGGUCCGUCUCUCUGCUCCGGGCCCUUUCGUACCACUUGGUCCAGAAGCAUUUCACGCUCAGCACCAACCUCCUCCUCGACGUGGCUUUUGCCUUUGGGAAGCUGAAUUUCCACCAGACACAGGUGUUCCAAAAGAUAGCAUUGGACCUGCACCCCCGCGUGGCUGAGAUGGCGCACGGGGACGUGGUGCGCUGCCUCAAGUCCUUCGCCUUCCUGAAAUGGCUCAACCUGCCCCUCUUCGAGGCCUUUGCCCAGUACACAGUGGACAACGGCAACAAAUUCAGCCCCGCCUCUCUUAGCAACGUGGUCCUUGCGUUCGCUCGCCUGAACUUCCAGCCCAGCUGUGCCGAGGCCUUCUUUGGCACGAUCCACGAGCGUCUGGAGGACCACCUGGACUCCUUGGACCCGUACCUGCUGGUGGACCUGGUGUGGUCACUGUGUGUGCUGCAGCAGGCGAAGGCCCUCCACCUGCGAAAAGUGCUAGCUCCAGAGUUUCGCACUCGCUUCUUAGGCGACCAGUCCCCCAAGGGGCACAACUACCGGCUAAAGAUGAUCCACAUCAACUCCGCCGCCUGCCUGGAGAGAGCUGGCUACGACGGGCCCCUCCUGCCGCGGGAAGCCCUGGGCCUCCAGGAGCUGCAAGGGGAAAGGAAGACGACCCCCCUGCAGAGCAGCCUGAAGGAAACGCUGAAGAGCAUCGCUGGCGAGGAGAAGGCGCGGUUCGAGGUGGCCACCGUCUUCGGCUGGCAGCUCGAUGCAGAGAUGGUGCUCAACGCGGACAACCAGGCCCUGCCGAUCGCCGACUUUGAUGCACCCCACCUGCUUCAGCCCACGGGAUCUAAACCCCUCCCUCCAGGGGCCAGGAGGCUGGCCUUCGUGAGAUGGGAGUUCCCAAACUUCAGCAGCCGGAGCAAAGACCUGCUGGGGCGGUUUGCCAUGGCCCGGCGGCACCUGCAACUGGCGGGGUUCUUGCUUGUUGACGUUCCCUAUUACGAAUGGCUUGACUUGAAGUCCGAGUGGCAGAGGACCGCCUUUCUCAGGGACCGGAUGAACAAGGCAGUGGCGGAAGAUAUGGCCAAGUAGAGACUUGAGGGGGAGGAGGAGGAGAGACUCUGGAGCCCUGCUUCUGAGGGGGGUCCCUGCCUUCCGGCCUUCCCCCCAUCCAUGGCAGGGUUGCCGGGAAUGCGAGCGGAGUAGCAGUGUGGGUCCUUUUCAGUUGUGUACAUGAAUUUGAAUAAAUGGUCUGUUGUACAGUUCAGAGC